AAAAUAGCAUAUAUAAUAACUAGUUGUAACUGGAUCUCUCCUGCUGCUUGCGUUGCAUGGCUCACAGCAACUGGCGUGCUUAUCGUGGGAUAUUCUUUGUUCUGAGCAGAUGGACAACUACCCGGUACAUGUACGAGUGCCGUGGUGGAGAUGUCGCCGGUACUGGCUAUCUGCCUUGCUGUUCGCUGGGUUCGCUUUCUUCACAAUCAUCCGAGCCAACCUUAGCAUCGUGAUAGUGUGUAUGGUGAAACAUGGCAGCCACCCCAACGCGACUGCUGUUGCUAACAACGGUUCUGAUUGGUCUAACACGACAUAUAGCGUGGGAGGAACAGAGACGGACACCAGCAAGUGUCGGAGCAGAAGCGUCUCUGCAUCAUCCACUGACCAGGAUGGCGAGUUUGAGUGGAGUAAGGAGUUGCAGGGCGUUCUCCUAGGAGGGUAUUUCUGGGGUUACUCCUCGGGGUUCCAGGUUCUGGGGGGAUGGCUAUCUCAGAGAUACGGACCCAGGAAGGUGAUAGCUGUCGGGAUGUUUCCAGCAGCAAUAGGGUGUAUCCUGAGUCCACUGGCCGUCAGAAUCAGCCCCUUUCUGUUCCUGGCGGUCAGGAUUAUCACGGGGAUCACCACAAGUGUGAUGUUUCCAUCAGGUCCUGUAUUCUGGUCCAGAUGGGCUCCACCCGAGGAAUGGAGCCGCCUUCUCUCUACUACGAACGCCGGUGGUGAGUUCGGACAUGCUGUUGCGUUUCCAAUCAACGGACUCUUGUGCAAAUACGGCGGCUGGGAGAUGCCUUUCUAUGUAGUGGGUGGCCUGGCCGUCAUCUGGUGCAUCGUCUGGCUACUCGUAAGUCGGGAUUCUCCGUCAGAGAUGCCGGGAAUUAGCGAGGCCGAAAAGAAAUACAUUGAGACAUCUAUCGGAGAUCGGGUGAAAUCCAAGCGUACGUACAAGACGCCGUGGUGUCAGAUGCUGUCGUCCCGGCCGGUGUGGGCGUGUGUGUUCUCCCACAUGACCGCUAACUUCUUUUUCUACAUGAUACUGACUCAGGCGCCAACCUUCCUCAACGAGAUCCUCAAGUUUGACAUCACAUCGAACGGGUUCUACUCCUCUCUCCCGUACGUGGUGUUGGUUACCCUGGUGUUGCCGGUUGGGGCGCUGUCGGAUUAUCUCACAACGAAAGGCUUCCUCAGUCUGAGCGGCGUCAGGAAGGUCAUGAACACUCUGGGCAUGCUCAUACCCGCUGUAUUCCUGCUUGGUCUGGCUCAUCUCCCCUGCUCAGACCCGUUGGUAGGUGUCGCUCUCAUCGCCGCCGCUGUCGGGACGUUCGCCUUCUGCUUCAGCGGUCACAUCGUCAACAUGGCCGACAUAGCGGUGAUGCAUGCCGGGACAUUAGCAGGUUUCUCCAACACAUUGGCUUCUAUGCCAGGAAUAAUAGCGCCUUAUAUAGUCGGUUACAUAACUACACAGGGCACACCCGAAGAAUGGCGCACAGCUUUCUACAUUGCGGUCGUCCUCAACGUUGUGGGGUCUGUGGUUUUCGUCUUCUUCUCCUCGGCAGUGGCUCAGCCAUGGGCUUUUCCAGCUGAGCUAAAUACAACAACAGUCGUGGGAGAACAGGAAAAGCCUGACGAGAAUCGUGAACUUGAUACCAUGCUUUUUAUUUCCAACAAAAGUAUACCGGAUUCUCACAAAAAGGAAAUUUUAGAAGGAGAACGUCUUAUAUCGAGCAACAGCAGUAUACAUAGAGCUCAUGAUGUAUGAGUGGUUAUUAUGAAACUGUGUGAGUUAUGUUUAACGCCGCUUAUCAGACCAGGGCCUGACAGUUUAAUUUUGGAAUUGUGAGGAAUGAGUCUUCGAGUGUGUAAGUGAGUAAUGUUUAACGCCGCUUCUCAGACCAGGGCCUGUCAGUUUAAUUUUGGAAUUGUGAGGAGUGAGUCUUAAACUGUGUAAGUGAGUUAUGUUUUACGCCGCUUCUCAGACCAGGGCCUGUCAGUCAUGUGGCAGGUGUGCCUUAAACUGGGUGAUGUGGUUGGUUUGGUUUGUUGUUUAUCACAGCACUCAGCAAUAUCCCAGCUCCAUGACGGCGCCCUGUACACAAUCGAGUCUGGACCAGACAAUCCAGUGAUUGAUAUCAUGAGCAUUGAUCCACGAAUUUGGGAUCGAUGACAUGCAUCGACCAAGUCAGCGAGCCUGA